UCUCUCUUCCUUUCAGUAUACCAAACUGACCGCCUCUCUUCCUUUCUCUUGAACGUUCCUCUCUAUCUCUCUCUCUCUUUCUUUCUUUCCUUAAUCAUUCUACUUGAUUAUGCUAGAUCCCACAUUAGCCGAUCCUUCGCCUACUGCCAAACCAGUAGCGACGAAGAAAGGGAAUCAGCAGCAAGGAGGUACCGGCAUUCCGGAUUUUGUCAAGAAAUUGUUUUGCAUGCUGGAAGAAUGCAUAUAUCCUCACAUCUUUUCGUGGAGUGCAAAGGGAGAUACGUUCGUUGUCAAGGAUCCAAGCGAGUUCGCCAAAGUGAUCUUACCGAAUCACUUUAAGCAUUCCAACUUUUCCAGCUUUGUCCGUCAGCUCAACAAGUACGACUUUCACAAAGUACGGAACCCUGAUGAUCGACGUCGUCGUGUGUACGGUGACCAGGCCUGGGAAUUCCAACAUCCCAAUUUCAAGUACAACCGAAAAGACCUCCUGGAGGGCAUCAAGAGAAAAGCAACAGGCAAAGCAGCAGCAGCAGCUGCACCACGCGCGGCUGGUAGCGAAGGAGCAUCGGAUGCAUCUGACAACAACAACCGCGGGUCGUCGCCAUCGUCCUGCACGAAGCACGAACUCAAGGAAAUCGCCGUCAAACUUCAAGAACAGAUCCAGCAACUCCAGCAUAGCCAGACCAAAAUGGGUGCUCACAUGCAAGCAUGCGACUUAAAGUACAAUGCAGUGGUCGAUGCGGUUGAGAAAUUCCGAAGCAACAUGGCUGCUCAGGAAACAUUAAUGCGCGAUAUCAUGCAGCAUUUAAUGGCGACUUUUAAUGAGAACAGCAGCGAGAGUCCGCCACCCGACAUGCAAAAGCUGUUACAAACGUAUAACAAAGUGUCACAAGCGAAUAGCGAUCAAAUGAACCGGAUAUCAAAGCUCGUGGAGCACGUGCAACACGACACUGCAGCAAUGGCACCACCGCAAGCAACAACAACAACAACUGCUAUUACUACUACAGCAGCAUUACCAUCAUCAUCAAGCAGUACUGCCACUACCAUUCCGUCGAUGGCCCCUGCCCCUUUUACUUUUGCAGUUCAGAACAACGCAAGCAGCAGCAGCAGCAGCAGCAGCACUAAUAGUAAUAACCCAUACCUCUCAUGCCCAACACCGUCGAUUCCUCAGCCAAUGCCCUUGAAAGUCGCCAUGUCUCCCUCGCUGCGAAGGAAAUCCAAUAUCCUCCCGGGCUGGUCAAUACCCCCUCGCGUGCUGCUGGUCGAUGACGAUCUGAUCUUUCGCCGCCUCUCCACCAAACUGCUGCAGGUAGCAGGCUGCACCAUUGACGUUGCUGCCGAUGGUCUGGAGGCAAUCACAAAGCUCGGAUCCGGAUCCUACGACAUUGUCUUGAUGGAUAUCAUGAUGCCCAAAUUGGAUGGCAUUUCGGCCACACGGAACAUUCGGCAAUAUGAUACGUGGACCCCUAUCAUUUCCAUGACAUCCAACACGACGGAUCGCGAUGUCCAGGAGUACAUUUUGAGCGGCAUGACCGAUGUACUACCCAAACCAUUGGAUCAGCGGACGCUGCGCAAGCUGUUGGAACGCUAUUGCGCCCAUCUCAAGGCGGUUCGCCAAGGCUACUACGGCAGUGCGCUUGAAGGCACACCGCAUGCCAUUGAAGCUGCUGCUGCUGCUGCGGAUGACAGUCAUGGCAAGGGCAAACAGCCCAUGAUUGCCACUCCACCUGUAAUAAUAUCAACCUCGUCUUUUCUCGACUCAAUGCAAACUGACGCAAUACAACCACUGGAACAUCAACAACAACAACAAGCACAUAAUCAUCAUCAUACUCAUCAUCAUCAUCAGCUACAACAUCCGCAUCAUCAUCAAGCACCGCAAGAUAGCUCAAGCCAUCGGUGGCAGGUCUUUGUAAAUAACGCACACUUUGUCCCCACUGCUGCUAGUGCUGCAAUGUCCCACCCGCCGCCACAGCUAACACAGUUGGACGACGACGACAACGACGACGACGACGAGAGUCGUGCGUGGAAGAAGCCAAAGUUGGCAACUACUAUUAACAACGAAUGAGUCAAAGGACCAACAGCAAGAGGAAUGAAUAAAAAGACGUUUUACUACUUGGCUCAUGCAUCAUAGUUAAGAUAAAGGCAGCAGGGCAAUAAAAGAAGGCUCCUUUAAAUCAUUGCUUUUUUGCCCCAAUAAGCACGUACACACCACACACACACACACA